AACCUGUCAAGCCAGUAGUCAGUUGCAGUGUAGUCAGUUGCAGUUGCAGUGUAUUAACCGUUUUUUAUCGCAAAUCAUGAAUUAUACACUGAACCAACAUUAUGAGGAGAAGGUGCGUCCAAGUAUUGACCUCAUCGACUCUCUACGCUCUCUUGGUGUGGAGAAAGACCUUGCGCUGCCAGCUAUCGCCGUUAUAGGGGACCAGAGUUCAGGGAAGAGCUCUGUGCUGGAGGCGCUAUCUGGGGUGGCUUUGCCAAGGGGGAGCGGUAUUGUAACACGAUGCCCUCUCGAGCUGAAGAUGAAGAGGAAGAAAGAAGGAGAGGAAUGGCACGGAAAAAUCAGCUACCAUGACCGCGAGGAGGAGAUUGAGGACCCCUCUGAUGUGGAGAAGAAAAUUCGGAAAGCGCAGGAUGAAAUGGCAGGUGUGGGGGUGGGUAUCAGUGAUGACCUCAUCAGCUUGGAGAUUGGCUCUCCUAAUGUCCCAGACCUCACACUCAUCGACUUGCCAGGCAUCGCCCGGGUAGCUGUCAAGGGUCAACCUGAGAACAUUGGGGAACAGAUUAAGAGACUGAUACGGAAGUUCAUCACGAAGCAAGAAACAAUCAACUUAGUGGUUGUGCCAUGCAACGUUGACAUUGCAACCACAGAGGCUUUGAAGAUGGCACAGGAGGUGGACCCUCAAGGUGGAAGGACAUUAGGCAUCCUGACCAAGCCUGACCUGGUAGACAAAGGCACAGAAGGGACUGUGGUGGACAUAGUUCAUAAUGAGGUUAUCCCCCUGACUAAGGGCUACAUGAUAGUCAAGUGCAGGGGCCAGAAGGAGAUCAUGGAGCAAGUUUCACUGACCGAGGCCACAGAGAGGGAAAAAGCUUUCUUCAAAGAGCACGCUCAUCUCAGCACACUUUAUGAUGAGGGGCAUGCCACCAUCCCUAAACUGGCGGAGAAAUUAACUAUUGAACUAGUGAAACAUAUCGAGAAAUCCAUGCCUCGUCUAAAAGAGCAGAUUGAGGAAAAGCUGGAGGAGACACGCACCGCUCUGGAGAAAUGUGGUACCGGACCCCCUGAAGACCCAAAAGAACGGCUGUAUUUUCUGAUCGAUAAAGUGACUUUGUUCACCCAGGAUGCCAUUAACCUGAGCACUGGGGAGGAGCUGAAAAGUGGAGACAUCAAUGUCUUCUCCACACUCAGAACAGAGUUCGGGAAAUGGAAGGCACACCUGGAUCGCUCUGGAAAGAACUUUAAUAAGAAGAUUGAAAAAGAAGUGGCUGAUUAUGAGAAGCGGUACCGUGGAAGGGAGCUCCCAGGGUUCAUCAACUACAAGACCUUUGAGGUGAUUGUGAAGGAUCAGAUCAAACAACUGGAGGAACCAGCAGUCAAGAAGCUGAAAGAGAUAUCAGAUGCUGCUAGGAAUGCGUUCAUACUGCUGGCUCAGAACAGCUUCACAGGUUUCCCUAUCCUCCUGAAAACAGCAAAGACUAAGAUCGAAACCAUCAAGCAGGAGAAGGAGUCUACGGCUGAGUCCACGUUGAGGACUCAGUUCAAGAUGGAGCUGAUAGUGUACACACAGGAUAGCACCUACAGCUAUAGCCUGAGGAAGAGGAAGAGGGAGGAGGAAGAGUUGGAGGAGGGAGAGUUAGUUAAAAAUCCUCCCCUUUCUCUUGGGAGUCAGAAAGGGUUCUCUUAUGUCUCUGUAAGGAGUACUGUCAACAGCACUGACACCCAUGCUACCCUACGGGAGAUGAUGCUGCACCUCAAGUCCUAUUAUCAUAUUGCCAGUCAGCGUCUGGCUGAUCAGAUUCCCAUGGUAAUCCGCUACAUGGUGCUGCAGGAGUCUGCUUCCCAGCUGCAGAGGGAGAUGCUUCAGACUCUGCAGGAGAAGGACAAAAUCGAGCAGCUGCUGAAAGAGGACAUCGACAUCGGCAGCAAGAGGGAUGCACUGCAGAACAAGCUCAAACGUCUGAUGAAGGCACGCAGCUACCUAGUGGAGUUCUAGUUUGGACAGCUGCUUGUUAACAUUUAGGAUGGUCUUGACUAAUUUCAGAUAGCAUGGUUAAUGGAAGUAGGCAUUGGGGUUUGGGGUAGAUUCUGUUAUCUAACUUAUAAAGUUAUUAUGCAAUCAA